GGGGGACCGUCGGCGGCCGCGGUGCAGCGACCAUCGGCCGGGAUGGCGGCGGCGGCGGCGGCGCGCGGCGCGUGGGGCGGGCGGCGGCGCGUGGCGCUGAGGCUGUCGCGGAGAGCCGGUGCCCCCUGGAUCGCCUCAGCCGCCGCCUUCUCCUCCUCCUCCUCGGUGCCAACAACCAAACUCUUCAUUGAUGGGAAGUUUGUUGAGUCCAAAACUACUGAAUGGAUUGAUAUCCACAACCCGGCCACAAAUGAAGUGGUUGGCCGUGUACCAAAAGCCACAGCCAGUGAGAUGGAGGCAGCUGUGGCUUCUUGCAAAAAGGCUUUUUGGAACUGGUCAGAAACAUCUGUUUUGAGUCGCCAGCAAAUCUUCCUGCGUUAUCAACAACUCAUCAAAGAUAAUCUGAAAGAAAUUUCAAAACUCAUCACCUUUGAGCAAGGGAAGACCCUGGCUGAUGCUGAGGGAGAUGUGUUCCGAGGCCUCCAGGUGGUUGAACAUGCUUGCAGUGUGACAUCCCUCAUACUGGGAGAGACCAUGCCCUCCAUCACUAAAGACAUGGACACUUACACCUACCGUCUGCCUCUGGGCGUGUGUGCUGGAAUUGCACCAUUCAAUUUCCCAGCCAUGAUUCCUCUUUGGAUGUUCCCCAUGGCUAUGGUUUGUGGAAACACUUUCUUGAUGAAACCAUCUGAGCGUGUACCAGGAGCACUCAUGUUCCUUGCCAAGCUGUUUCAGGAUGCUGGUGCCCCCGAUGGGACCCUGAAUAUCAUCCAUGGACAACAUGAAGCUGUGAAUUUCAUUUGUGACCAUCCGGAUAUCAGAGCAAUCAGCUUUGUGGGAUCUAAUCAGGCUGGCGAGUACAUCUAUGAGAGAGGAUCCCGGAAUGGCAAGAGAGUCCAGGCCAACAUGGGAGCCAAGAACCAUGGUGUGGUGAUGCCUGAUGCCAACAAAGAGAACACCUUGAACCAGCUGGUUGGAGCUGCUUUUGGAGCAGCUGGCCAGCGCUGCAUGGCCCUGUCUACGGCAGUUCUAGUGGGAGAAGCUCAGAAAUGGCUGCCAGAGCUUGUGGAGAGAGCCAAAAAUCUACGUGUAAAUGCAGGAGACCAGCCUGGAGCAGAUCUAGGGCCUCUAAUCAGUCCCCAAGCUAAGGAACGGGUUUGCCAUCUGAUUGAGAAAGGAGUAAAAGAAGGUGCCAGCCUUCUUCUGGAUGGACGUAAUAUCAAAGUGAAGGGCUAUGAAAAUGGCAAUUUUGUUGGGCCAACAAUCCUUGCCAAUGUCAAGCCAAACAUGACUUGCUAUAAGGAGGAAAUCUUUGGGCCUGUCUUAGUGGUUCUGGAAGCAGACACUUUGGAUGAUGCCAUUGAGAUGGUGAACAAUAACCCCUAUGGAAAUGGAACUGCAAUCUUCACCACCAACGGAGCCACAGCUCGGAAAUAUUCUCACUUAGUAGACGUGGGGCAGGUGGGUGUCAAUGUUCCAAUCCCAGUACCUCUGCCCAUGUUCUCUUUCACCGGCUCUCGUGCUUCUUUCAGAGGGGACACCAAUUUCUAUGGCAAGCAGGGAGUGCAGUUCUACACACAGCUGAAAACUAUCAUUUCUCAAUGGAAAGAGGAAGAUGCCACCGUUACCAAGCCUGCUGUGGUUAUGCCAACUAUGGGAAACUAAAUCACCCCUUGCAGAUGCUGUUCCUGGUGCCCUUCUCCUUCUAUGCUGCACUUUCCAGCUUUGUCCUGACUAUCAUCAUUUCCUUGGGAAUGAAUAGAAAGCUCCAUUUUCUCAAGUACCUCUGUUUCUGUGCACAUCAGGCAGGCUCAUGUAAUGCACAGUCUGGGCUUACUGUUGCUGUCAAGUGUUUUUUGGCUAGCUGAACUCAAUUUUUUUUUCCUACAACCUAUGACAGAUGAAACAACCCUAUCUAAUUGAAAGGGCAGACAGUGAGAUUGGUCUUAAUUUGUGUUUCUUUCCAGACCCUCUGAACUUGAACAUUACUCUGGUUUCCACUUCAAUAUCUUUAGCCUUAGUGACUCACUCCUGGCUACAUCUUGUAGCAGUUUUCUUUACCUCUUUAUCUUACAUGUUAAGAUUUUGAGUUCACCUUACUCAAAGAUGAGUACUCAUUCUGAGUGACAUAACUGGGACACCUUGGGUGUCUCAUAGAAGUGACUUUACAUACAACGAAGACAGCAAGUUUGGGAGUUGAAAAUGUCAGUCUUUCAUCUGUUGAGCAGUUUCCAAAACACUUGGGAAAUAGCUUUCUAAGGAUUUUUCAGGAAAUCAUAUUUGAUUGCUUGUCUGAGGAUGAAAGAAAUUCCUGUAUGGUACAGUGACAUUCACUGUGCCUCUGACAGCUUGAAAAUUUCUGUUCCUGUUGUGCACGUGGCUUGUAUUCUCCAGCUUGCCAGCAAUUCCAUUACACCUGAAGUUGUUUGAUGCCUUUUUACUGUGCUAACAGAUAUGUGCCUACAGGUCCUGUAACGUAAUGAAACUGUAGAAGCAGAAACAUAAGCAUGUCUAUGUAUCUUUGCGUCACAGCAUCAUGUGGGUCUGGGUGGAAGGUGGAGUAAGUAGAUGGGUCAGUAGGAAGAAAGAACACAUUUUUUAAUCACAAAGCAGCCAGGCCUGUUCUCGUUUUCUUUUCCUGACUAUGGCUGUAUUUCUUGUGUUUGAUUGAUUGACUCCUUGUCACAUUUGCUCAAACACAGUCAUGUUCUCUAGGGACUGCAGGUCCCAUUACUAGAGAAGGAUAAGACUUGGUAUACUGUGUUUUUAAGAAUCUGUGCAUCUGGAGCUGGAGAGCCUAUAUUUUUAUUCCCGGUUCCUAGGUUAUGUAGCCAUGAGGGAUCUGCAGGGAACUCAUUCAAGCACCUAUGGAAAAUAAUAUUAUUCUAAUGAUUGUAACCAUUACUUGUUCUAAUUAAACAACCUCAAUGUGAACACUUUGCAUCCUGCCUUCUGGUAAAGAUGCCUUGUAACUGACAGUUAUGUAUUAGUGCAAUUGCUGUGCAUUCACUAAUGUUUGUAUCUUGGUUUUUUUCCUCUGCUAUUCCCUGGAGGGAAAUUCUCACCUUGCAAUUUGAUUACAGAUUAAAAACAUGCUAAUACA